AUGGCAGGAAAGCAGGAUGAUGACCUGGGCCAGGCUGUGCAGUUCCUACCAGUCUCUGAUGACAGAGGGCUGGAGAAAAAGAGAAUGUCAAAAACACCUGGCUUUUGGAUAGGUCUGGGGUUAGCAGUCAUAAUAUUGGCAGUUGUGACAGGACUGCUUGUGUGGCAUUUCCACUUCAGGAAAACAGUGGUGAAGAAGAUAUACAGCGGCUCCUUGACGAUAACCAACCUUAGGUUCUUUGAUGACUACGAGAACUCUGAGUCUACCAAGUUUAAACAACUGGCUGCUGAUGUUUUGAAGCAGCUGAAAAUUUUAUACAGUAAAGAUCCAUUACUGACCAAGUGCUACCAUGCAUCCAGUGUACAAGCAUUCAGUGAGGGGACUGACCAGCAUGUCAUAGCGUAUUACCUGUCUGAAUUUGAGGUUGAGGUGGAACGAUCAUCUGAACUGGACAAGGCCAUCAGCAGUGUGAAAUUGGGAAUGGACGCGCAGUCGCUUGGACGAGGGCGCAGACCGACCGCUGAGCUGCGUGUUACUAAUGUCACGUCUGGAGGACGGCACAAGGAAUCUAUUCGCCUUCGAAAGGGUAAGAGGGAAGAAAUCCGGUCUCCCGGAUUCCCCAACUCUCCCUAUCCUCCCAGUAUCUUCUGGGAGUGGGAGCUCCGUGCAGACCCCGACUACAGGGUCAGACUGCAGUUUGAAACCUUCAGCCUGGAGAAGAACUGUGAGAAGGACUUUGUCAAAGUCUAUGAUUCUCUGGUGCCCAUGGAGAAAAAGGUCUUGGCUGAGAAGUGUGGAUCCUCAGCCAAUCAUAAGAUGUCUUUAGUCUCCUCUGGAAAUGUGAUGUUGGUCACACUGCUGACUGACAAGGAGGGAAACUACCCUGGCUUCAGGGCACUGAUCUCUCAGAUUGAAGCAGAGAGGCAAGUCUGUGGUGGAAACUUGACAGGUCUGAGUGGCAAAUUUACCUCUCCUGGUUACCCCUCUUACUACCCUCCUCAGACACAGUGUGUCUGGAAUAUUAAGGUCCCAGCAGGGAAGAAGAUUAGGGUGACAUUUAGAAAGUUCUCCAUGUCUGAACCUCGACAGGGUUCGGGUGCCUGCCUUAAAGACUAUGUGGAGAUAGGUGGUAAAAGGAUAUGUGGAGUCCAGCCUGACAACAGCGUACAUGACUUUCAGAGUGACCGGGUUGUUGUCCGGUUUCACUCAGACAUGUCCUUUGUGGAUCAGGGCUUCUUAGCCGAGUAUGAGGUUAUUGAGCCUAAAACCAUCUGUGGUGGAAACUUGACAGGUCUGAGUGGCAAAUUUACCUCUCCUGGUUACCCCUCUUACUACCCUCCUCAGACACAGUGUGUCUGGAAUAUUAAGGUCCCAGCAGGGAAGAAGAUUAGGGUGACAUUUAGAAAGUUCUCCAUGUCUGAACCUCGACAGGGUUCGGGUGCCUGCCUUAAAGACUAUGUGGAGAUAGGUGGUAAAAGGAUAUGUGGAGUCCAGCCUGACAACAGCGUACAUGACUUUCAGAGUGACCGGGUUGUUGUCCGGUUUCGCUCAGACGUGUCCCCUGUGGAUCAGGGCUUCUUAGCCGAGUAUGAGGUUAUUGAACCUAAAACCACAUGCAAUGCAUCAGAGAUAACAUGUAAGAACGGCCUUUGUAAAUCCAAACUCUGGCGAUGUGACGGGGUCGAUGACUGUGAAGAUAACACGGACGAGGAGAACUGCGGGGUCUGCAAAACUGGAGAGAUUGCGUGUCGAAACGGCCGGUGCGUCCCAGAGCAGAAGAGAUGUGAUGGGACAGAUAAUUGUGGCGACGGAACAGAUGAAUCAAAGUGUGAGAAAGCCAUCGUCUUGAGAUGUUCUGAGCACACUUACAAAUGCAAGAACAACCAGUGCAUCAGCAAAGAGAACCCAGAGUGUGACGGAAAGAAGGACUGCGUGGACGGUUCUGACGAAGCAGAGUGCAAUUGUGCUACCAGAGAGAGGAAGGCCUCGAGGAUUGUUGGUGGGGAGGACUCUAGUGAGAGAGAGUGGCCCUGGCAGGUCAGUCUUCAUAUCAAAGGUCAGGGUCAUGUGUGUGGAGCCUCCGUCAUCAGCGACCGCUGGCUCGUUACGGCCGCUCACUGUGUACAGGACACAAACACCAUCAAGUACUCCCAGCCUAACCAAUGGAAUGCCAUUUUGGGGUUGCACAACCAAGUUAAGUUUAACAAUUGGACAGUCACAAGGAAAGUGAAGCGGAUCAUCUCUCAUCCAGAUUACAAUACUCUGACAUAUGACAAUGAUAUAGCGCUGAUGGAGCUGGAUCAACCUGUUACCUUAGACGCUAGCAUCUUCCCCAUCUGUUUACCCUCUGCAAGCCAUACCUUCCCCGCCGGAAAGGAAGUCUGGAUCACCGGGUGGGGCAACACUCGUGAACAGGGUUUCCUGGCGACAGUGCUGCAAAAGGCUGAGGUUCGUAUCAUCAAUGACACCGUGUGUAACCAGCUGAUGAAUGGAGAGAUCACUUCACAUAUGAUGUGUGCUGGAGUGCUGAAAGGCGGUGUGGAUGCAUGCCAGGGUGACUCAGGUGGGCCAAUGUCGUCCGUGGAGACCAGUGGACGGGUGUUCCUGGCUGGAGUGGUGAGCUGGGGGGAUGGGUGUGGCCGCAGAAACAAGCCUGGUGUCUACACACGAGUCAGCCUUUACCGCAGCUGGAUCAAGGCAAAUGCUGGGGUGUAG